AUGACACACUCUCACAGAGGAAGCUUCUACUCCACCACCGUCACUUACACUUUCCACAAUGACCAAACUACCCCUACCUCCCAAUCAAACUCCACAACCAACGCCGUCCCCGUCCAUUCCACAGAAGCUCCCAUCCCAAUCACCGUUCACCUCCCACAGCAAACCCAACCCAAUUCUGCACCCGCAGCCACCAAGAUUCAAUCCGCCUAUCGUGCCCACAGGAUUCGAACCCUCCACAGAACAAUCUCGUCCGUUGAUUCGGCAGCCGAUGAACUCCAACGAGUAAUCCAACGGCAGGACACGGUGGAUGCCAUAAGGAGCGACGAGCGGGAGAAGCUGAGGAUGAACGAGGCCCUGAUGGCUCUUCUACUGAGGCUGGACUCGGUGCCGGGGUGGGACCCGGCGGUGCGUGAGGCGAGGAGGAAAGUAAGUCGCCGGAUUGUGGGGAUGCAGGAGAUACUGGACGCGAUUACAGAAUCAAAGGUAGAAGAUGGACAGUCCUAUUUCUGGGGGUACGAUGGGUUUACGAGAAAUUGGGACGAAGUACUGGCGGAGAUGGAGGAGGACGUUUGCAAGAGCACCGGAGGCGAUGAAUUGGAGAGGUUCUGCGCUGAGCAUCUUGGGUUUCGUUGCCUCCAGAGGUUUCUGCGCGAGCCCUGAUUGGAUCUGGAUCCUCUGUGUUACAACCUACUCAAUUCAGUUUAGAUGGCAGCUUUUGUCGUCGACACGUGUUUUCAAGCCUUUGUACACUUGUAGUAAUGUACUAAAAAGAUCUCAUAGAAUAAAAAAUGAUUCUCCUGCUAACUGUGUAUAUAAUGUAGAUGUAGUUGUUGUGGUA